AUGCCUGUGGAAUGCACGCUUCAGACGUCAGUUUCAUCGCACCACGUGGCGUGCCGACACGUGCACGCAUAUUUCCACACGUGCACGAGUUCAUGUGAGUUUCUCAAGGCCGCGACCUGCCCUGCCCGCCGAGCACUCAGCGUCACUCUGGCAGCCACUCUGGCGGUCACUCUGGCGGUCACUCUGGCGGCCACUCUGGCGGCCACUCUGGCGGCCACUCUGGCGGCCACUCUGGCGGCCACUCUGGCGGCCACUCUGGCGGCCACUCUGGCGGCCACUCUGGCGGCCACUCUGGCGGCCACUCUGGCGGCCACUCUGGCGGCCACUCUGGCGGCCACUCUGGCGGCCACUCUGGCGGCCACUCUGGCAGCCACGGAGGAAAUGUUACUUCGGUCGAGUCUCGCAAUCUGA